AUGGUCGUAUGCAUUGCAGUUGUUGGAAAAGAUAAUUCUCCUCAGUUCAUAUGGGUUGCAAAUCCUGAAUUGGAAUUACAGUUUCAUUACAAAAUUCAUACAUCUUUAGAUAUUAUUGAAGAAAAAUUAUGUAAUACGGGUUCGUCAGAGGUUAAAAAACUUUACCUAGGUUUACUUCAUUCUACUGAAGAGUAUAAAAUAUAUGGUUAUGCUACCAACACCAAAAUCAAAUUAAUAAUAAUUGUUAGAACUUCUAAUGUAGCUCUAAGAGACAGUGAUGUGCACAGUAUGUUUAAAAAACUACAUAAAAGUUAUGUAGAUGUGGUUUCCAAUCCUUUUUACAUACCAGGUGAUCCUUUAGUUUCUAAGUGA